AAUCGGAACUGGGCUCGCGGAAAUGGAUUUGUGAAUUAUUUUAGCAAGAAUAAAAGGUUUCGGAAUCAUAUUGAACGUGAUGGAACGGUUUAAAGCAACCGAACGGUUAAGGGCAUCGUCACCGGAGAAAGGUGGUUUGGUGGUGCGUAAAGAGAAACGAGACGACGACACGUUCAAGAAGCCCACACACUCGCUGCUUGGCCUCGAUCGCCAGGCUGCGGCCCGCCGUGCGGAACGGGCCGCUGCCGUUCGACCGUCGUUUUACGAGGAAGAGGAAGAUGACGGUGGCCGGCGGGACCGCCGUACACCGAAGCGAAGGGACGGCGAAGCAGAUGAUGAUCGUGAUCGUUCCCGAAAGUACCGGAAACGUGCCUCGGAGACUCCCUCGUACGGCGGGGGUGUCAGCGAGUUCGCACGUCGCCGGCUGGAGGAGAAGGAAUCACGGCAGCAGCGUGACCAUCGGCGAAGUAGCGGUGGCCUGUACGCGUCUACCUCGAAGGGACGCUCCCCGAAACGCUACAAAGAGUCCACCCGAUCUGUGUCGGAAUCAAGGAGAAGUACAUUUUCACGCUAUGAACCGAGCACACCGAGAGGUGACCGUCGCGGUAAAGCGAAUGUCAGUUCCAGCUGGACCGAUGAUGAGGAUGACGAGGAAGGUGGUGGCAGUGGUGGUGGAAAACGGAUGUCAUCCUGGGACUACCCGACACCGAAACCAUUCCAGCAGGGCACCGCAGAGCUAACGGAAGCGGAUAAAGAACGUUGGCGCGAAGAGCAACUGCGGCUCGAUCGCGAAUGGUACGGCAGCGACGAUGAGCGCCAGAUGAACGAAUACACCGAACUCAACUCGGAGUACCUACAGAAGCGCGAACAGCAACAGCAACAGUCGCGAACCAAUCGGCGCAUCUCCGCCCAGCAGCGCCAGAUCAACAAAGACAACGAGCUGUGGGAGAAGAAUCGGCUCCUUACCUCCGGUGUCGUAAUGUCGGUAAACGUGAGCGAAGACUACGACGAAGAAGCACUGGAACGGGUGAAUCUGCUCGUCCACAACACCGUACCACCGUUCCUAGAUGGACGGAUCGUGUUCACGAAGCAACCGGAACCGGUCAUUCCCGUGCGCGAACCAACGGCCGAUAUGGCUAUCAACGCACGCAAGGGCAGCGCCCUGGUCCGUACGUUCCGUGAGCUAAAGGAGCGUAAACGCGCCCAGAUGAAACACUGGCAGCUCGGGGGCACAAAGUUGGGCAACAUUAUGGGUGUCGCGAAGGAAAACGAUCCACAGGAUGAUCGGGUCGAUGAUGAGUCAUACGAUUCGCGUAAAGAUCAAAAGUACGCUGACCAUAUCGGAGGUGACAAUGCCCAAGGAGGUGAUGCAGAGUUUGCUUCCCGUAAAAGAAACAUCCAACUGCAGCGCCGAUCGUUGCCCGUAUUUGCCGUACGCCAAGAUCUGUUGAACAUCAUUCGGGAAAACUCGAUCAUUAUCAUCGUCGGUGAGACGGGUAGCGGUAAGACGACCCAGUUGACGCAGUAUCUACACGAAGAUGGCUACAGUCGGCAUGGGAUGAUCGGAUGUACUCAGCCUCGGCGAGUGGCUGCCAUGUCGGUGGCCAAGCGUGUCUCAGACGAGAUGGCCAAACCGCUCGGCCAGGAGGUUGGCUAUGCGAUCCGUUUCGAGGACUGUACGAGCGAUGCGACCGUGAUCAAGUACAUGACCGAUGGUAUACUGUUGCGCGAGAGUCUACGGGACAAAGAUCUGGACGGGUACAGUGUGAUCAUCAUGGACGAAGCGCACGAACGAUCCCUCUCGACGGAUGUGCUGUUUGGGUUGCUGCGUGAAAUCGUUGCCCGGCGUCGCGAUUUGAAGCUCAUCGUCACCUCGGCAACGAUGGAUGCGGGCAAAUUUUCCACCUUCUUCGGCAACGUACCGACAUUUACGAUCCCCGGACGGACCUUCCCCGUGGAUGUGUUUUACGCAAAGACCGUUUGUGAGGAUUACGUCGAUGGUGCGGUGAAGCAGGUGCUGCAGAUACAUCUACAGCCAACGGAGGGCGAUAUCCUGGUGUUUAUGCCCGGUCAGGAGGACAUCGAAGUGACCUGCGAAGUACUGGCGGAACGGUUGGGUGAAAUCGAUAACGCACCAGCCCUCUCCAUUCUGCCCAUCUACUCGCAGCUUCCGUCCGAUCUGCAGGCCAAGAUUUUCCACCGUUCAGCGGACGGAACGCGCAAGUGUGUGGUGGCCACAAACAUUGCCGAAACGUCGCUAACCGUGGACGGCAUUUCGUACGUAAUCGAUUCCGGCUACUGUAAGCUGAAGGUCUACAAUCCACGCAUCGGUAUGGACGCACUGCAGAUCUAUCCAAUCUCGCAAGCGAACGCCAACCAACGUUCCGGUCGUGCCGGUCGUACAGGGCCGGGACAAGCGUUCCGGCUGUACACCGAGCGGCAGUACAAGGACGAACUGCUGCACCUGACGGUACCGGAGAUACAGCGUACGAACUUGGCCAACACAGUCCUGUUGCUGAAAUCGCUCGGUGUUGCCGAUUUGCUGCAGUUCCACUUUAUGGAUCCGCCUCCUCAGGACAACAUUUUGAAUUCGUUGUACCAGCUGUGGAUUCUGGGAGCGCUCGAUCACACCGGAGCGCUAACACCACUCGGCCGACAGAUGGCCGAAUUUCCGCUCGAUCCUCCCCAGUGUCAGAUGCUGAUCGUCGCAAACGAUAUGGGGUGUAGCGAGGAGAUCUUAAUCAUUGUGUCGAUGCUAUCGGUUCCCUCGAUCUUCUAUCGACCGAAGGGCCGCGAAGAGGAAGCGGAUGGUGUCCGGGAAAAGUUCCAAGUGCCCGAAUCGGACCAUCUAACCUACCUGAACGUAUACCAGCAGUGGAAGAUGAACAAAUACUCCGCCUCGUGGUGCAACGAGCACUUUAUCCACGUGAAAGCGAUGCGCAAGGUGCGCGAGGUGCGCCAACAGCUGAAGGACAUCUACAGCCAGCAGCAGCGCCUGAAGCUGAACUCUUGCGGAACCGAUUGGGACGUGGUGCGGAAGUGCAUUUGUUCCGCGUACUUCUAUCAGGCCGCCCGGCUCAAGGGUAUCGGCGAGUACGUGAACCUGCGUACCGGUAUGCCGUGCCAUCUGCACCCUACCUCGGCCCUGUACGGGCUCGGUACCACACCGGAUUACGUCGUGUACCACGAGCUGAUCAUGACGGCCAAAGAGUACAUGCAGUGUGCGACGUCUGUCGAUGGGCACUGGCUCGCCGAGCUGGGACCGAUGUUCUUCUCGGUGAAGGAAACGGGCAAGAGCAACCGGGACAAGCGUCGCCAAGCCGUCGAGCAUCAGAACGCCAUGGAGGUGCAGAUGCGCGAAGCACAGCAACAGAUGGAGCAGCGUCGGUUGGACGAGGAGACGAAGCAGCAGUUGGGCAUCAAGCAGGAGAUUGUAACGCCGGGAGCAACACCCCGUCGUACCCCGGCGCGCAUUGGGCUGUAAUACCGAGGGUUGUAAUGCGAGCGACUCAAUUUAUAGGAAUAAAUGGUUCUGCUUAGGA